GUAGGAUUCUGUGGUCCGUAGAGAGUCAGUCAGUUAAGUCAGUUAGGGGGUAGACGUCUAAGUGGUGAGGAGUGGAACCGUUACUUGGUUGUGCAUCGAUCACCAUGGUUGAGACGCGUACCGGAAAGAGUACCGCCCCUUAUACCGCAGAAGAGGAGGCAAAGGCCGCCGCUAUCUUGAAAGAGAGAAGAGAGAAGAAGGCGGCCAAGAAGAAGGCCCUGAUGGAGGAACAGGCGGCGAAGAUGAAGAAGAUUGAGGAGGAGAUGGCCAGAGAGAAAGAGAGGUUGAAGAAAGAAGAAGAGAAGUUACAAGCGGUAGAAGAGGAGGAGGAGAUAGAAGAAGAGCCACUGGAAAGGAGAAGAAGGGAGCAAAGAGGGGAAUCGAGUGGAACAAGAGAUGACCAACUGGAGAAGAAGAUCACAGAGUGGGUUGCAAAUUUAUCCCUGGGAGAAGAAGAAGAAGCGUUAAUGUAUGUACCCAGGGAAGAGCAGGAGGCGGCCGUGAAGGAGUGGGAGGCAGAAGAAGACCCCCUCAAGCGGCAGGCCUUGGAGGAUGAGACGAGGAUGGAGUGCAAGGAGAAAUUAGAGGAGCAGCUCUUCAUAGUUUACGUAAGGCCUGUCACUGAAUCUAAGGAGGAGAAGCCCAUUGACCCAGCUAUUGCCAAGCUGCUGGAAGAGUUCAAAGAUUUAGAUGAGUCGCCGACAGGAGUAGUACUGCGGCCCAUCCAGCAUCGCAUUGAGAUUGAGCCUAGCAGUAGGACUCCCAAAGGAGCGGUGUAUAGAAUGUCCCCGCGGAAGUUGGAGGAGCUACGCAAGCAGUUAGAGGAGCUCCUAGAGAAGGGUUGGAUUAGGCCCAGUUCGUCUCCAUUUGGAGCACCUGUUCUAUUUGUCCCCAAGAAGGAGGGAGAGCUCAGAAUGUGUAUAGACUAUAGGGGUCUUAAUGCUAUCACAGUGAAGAAUGCAGAGCCGCUGCCCCGUAUAGAUGAUCUUUUAGACCGGGUGCAGGGAUGCAAGUAUUUUUCGAAGAUAGAUUUGAAGUCCGGAUAUCAUCAGAUAGGGGUUCAUCCUGAUGAUCGGUAUAAGACUGCAUUCCGGACUAGAUGCCUGCCAGGCUCAUGGGUGAAGUUGAAGGCCUCUGGGAGGUCUCCAGGAAGGGAGCAGUUGCAAGAAGAGGCGUCCGUGAUUAAUGCUGUAUACGGGAUGGUUGGCGUGGUUAGGCAAGUGCAAUCAAAUGGGAGAGUGGCAGUGGUCUACAGUGUUGUUGACGCCCCGUUGACUUUUAUGGCAGACGACCUGGAGGUUGUGCCUUCACUGCGGGUGGGAGACUCUGUACGCGUGAAGGACUCGGUUGUAACACCACGGCUUGGUUGGGGUGAUGCUGUGACGCAUCAGACGAUCGGGAUGGUAACCGGGAUCGACGACGAUGUAAGUGCGGUGACGGUCGUCUUUCCGGGCGGUCAGACGUGUGUCGGCUGCAAAGUAGAUCCCUCAGAGCUUGAUCUGGUCGCUCGCCCCUUUCGGAAAAAGGACUGGGUAAGAGUGAAGGCGACGGUACUCUCGGCACCUGGAGAGUGGAGGGAUAUCAAGGAGACCAGCAUAGGAGUGGUGCAAAGCAUUAAAGAUGGGAAGCUAGUUGUUGCUUUCUGCUCGCGAUCGCAACCAUUGAUAGUUGAUCCGUUGAUGUUGGAAGCCAUUUUCCCGCCACCUUUCCAGGUAAACGACUGUGUACGAGUAAAGGCGUCGAUUUCAAGGCCAACAUUUGACUGGGGACGGGAGUCGCAUCGGAGUGUCGGGCCCAUUAUCAGGGUACGAGAGAACGGGCUGCUGGAGGUACAGUUUCAUCAUCGUCCGGACAUCUGGAUGGCGGACCCAGGGGACAUGGAAAUUGUGUUUCCGGCUCGGCCGUUUCAGACGGGCGACUGGACGGCAGUCCGAAGGUACGUGGACGAACCUAAGUUUAGAUGGGGGGAUGUGAGUCGUAACAGCACCGGCAUUGUGAGUGGUGUUCGUCACGACGGCACACUCGAAGUGGGGUUUUGCUACUUGGCAAAGCCCUGGCUCGGCGAUCCUAGUGAAAUGGCACUGUACCAACCGCCUCCUUUUCAAGUAUCCGAUCGUGUGAAGGUUAAGAUGUCUGUGAAAGAGCCGCGCUUCAAGUGGGCCGGCCAGAGCCACACCAGCAUAGGAACCGUAGCAAAGAUCGGGGACAGGGGGUUGCUUGAGGUGAAGUUCCCCAAUCGAAAGGAAUCCUGGUACGCGGACCCGGCCGAGAUGAUCGUCGUCCCGCCCCCGGUCUUCCAGAAGGGAAGCUGGGUGCGACCGAAUGCGGCAGCGUUUUCAAGAAGGCAUCUUCCUAGCUGGGAUGGGGUGAGCAUGUCGAGCCUCGGCCUCGUGCAAAGCGUAGACGGGGAAAUUCUGAGUGUCGCGUUCUGCACCAGGUCGACCCCGCUAGUUGUGAAGCGCGAGGAUAUGGAGGCAGUGGAGCCCCCACCGUUCAAAGUAAGUGACAUCGUCGUGCGACGGGAAAUGCAGAAAGAACAGAACAACAGAUUGUGUGGUAUGCCGGAGACUCCUGCUGCAGACAAAUCGGGUCCGGUCAUCAAUAUCAGAGAGAACGGAGCGUUGGAGGUGCAGGUCUGGCACCGGUCGGACAUCUUGGUGGCUGACCCGGCAGAGAUGAAGGUUCUGCAUCCUGCGCGUCCAUUUCGGAAAGGGGACUGGACUGGGAUGAAAAGGAAUAUCCAGGAGCGGCAAAAGUGGGGCCCACUCAAGAGGUCUAGCGUGGGGAUCGUGAAGUCGGUACUGGAGGGUGGAAUGAUGGAAGUCAACUUCUGCUGUGAUGAGACGCAACCCUUGUGCCUUGAAGCAGCAGAUAUGGUGUUGUACUACCCGCCUCCGUUCCAGCUCGGAGACUGUGUUAAGGUGAGAAGAAGCGUCAUCCAACCAACUUUCAAAUGGGGUGGCGAAACCCAUCGAAGCGUUGGCCCCGUGAUCAAGAUACGGCGCAACGGCAUUCUCGAAGUUCAGUUUGCCGACAGGUCGGACAUUUGGAUCGGCGACCCUGCAGAUAUGGAGGUGGUGCAUCGAGCUCGGCCAUUCCAGCCGGGCGACUGGACAUCGGUCAAGAGAACGGUCAAGACUCCAAAGUACAAGUGGGGGCUGGCAGAUGCAGCAAGUCUUGGAAGAGUGAGUGAGGUUCUGCCAGAUGGUGGUCUCCUCGUUGAUUUUUGUUUCUGCAAGCGAUGGUUCGCCGACCCGACAGAUAUGGUCCUUUACAUGCCACCGCCCUUUCAGGUUGGCGAUGGCGUCAAAGUCAAGCGAUGUGUGGAGACCCCUCGGUGCGGUUGGGGAGGUGAGCCUCGAUGGCGAACCGGAUCUGUCGUAAAGAUUCGAGACGACGGGACUCUGGAGGUGCAGUUCAGCCAUCGAUCUGAUAUUUGGCUCGCCGAUCCUGCGGACAUGUUCGUUUAUCGCCCUGCUCGCCCAUUCCGGAAAGGAGACUGGAUGGGCAUCAAGCGCGGUGCAGGCGAACUCCUGUUCCCUUGGGGGGAGGAAGAGAAGGCGAGCAUUGGCAUUGUCAGUAGUGUUCUCGACGGCGGUGCUGUCGAGGUUGUUUUCUGCUGCUCUAACCGGAAAUGGAUCGCUGAUGCUAACGAUCUUGUCCUUUACGAUCCUCCGCCAUUCAAUGUCAACGAUUCGGUAAAGGUGAAGGCGUCCGUCAAAACACCCCGUCUCGGAUGGGAAGAUAUAACCCCCCAAAGCAUCGGAAUUGUCACCCUCAUACGGGAAAAUGGCAUCCUCGAGGUGCAGUUCCCCUCUCGUCCCACAGUAUGGAUUGCCGAUCCGAGCGAUAUGAUCGUGAGGCGCGAACCGCAUUCCGUACUGAAAUGAGGCAGGAACCGCAUUCACACUAGCACUUUCCUAAAUGUAUCAGACUGCAAUUAUGGCCAGACCUGGAUGAAUCUGACAGGAAUCACGUCCAGAGGAGCUCAGUCCACAAGGCCCUACUGGUGUGAGUAUGGGAUCCCGGAUCCCAGCGAUACGAUCUUCUUGCAUUGUGCACCGCACCGCAUUCUGUACCUAAAUGAUCAAGGGACCGCAUUUACACCAGCACUUUGAAAUUUCUAAAUGUAUCAGGGUGCAAUUGCUGAUAAGCCUGGAUGCAUCUGACAGCAAUCUCGUCCAGAAGAGCUCAGUCCGAAGGUCCGGGUGUGAAUACGAAGAGCGGUUCCCAUCUCGUACCCCGAGGAUCCCAGCAAUAUGAUUGUGAGGCGUGGAGUUGUGCACCGCAUUCUGUGCCUAAGUGAGUAGGGAACUGCAUUCACACUAGCGCUUUCCUGAAUUGUAUCUGACUGCAAUUACGGCCAUACCUGGAUGCAUCUGACAGCAAUUGUGUCCAGAGCUCAAUGCAAAAGGUUCUACUGUGAGUAUGCCCUAAUAAGAGUGGCAGCUCGCUGCUAUUGUUGAGACAGGGUUGACGAUUACCCCCAUGACGCGGCAAACCACAGCAUCUGACUGCUGUGCUUGGAUAUAUCGAUAAGUGGCUGCCCCAUCAUCGAGACGGGGGCCGAUACUGGGUGUGGGGAGCGGAGAUAAGCGAGAAAGAGGUUCAUACAGGGGAGGCGGAAGACAUGUAUGUGUGUGCGCAAGUUCGGUGUAACAUUAAAAGUCUCACUGGAGAGCUGGGUGGUGGGUGGGGUGUGUUGGCCGGUGGGAGUGCGAGCGGGAGCUGUACACCGGCCUGAGCGAGUUCGUCAGUUGUGUUGUUUCAGUUUAUCCUCGUCAAACGUUAUUCAUUCCAGACUGUGUGGAACGUUGACUUGGGCCUUUUGUCUGUGGAUAAAAUGCCUUUUGACUUUGGGGCUUUGACUAGGAACAAGGGGCGGGGGGGGGGAAGGGGGGAAGACGGAUUUCAGUGCCGGGAGGAUUCGUUCAUGUAAAUUGCCGUAGGUCGUAGAUAGAUGCACUUGAAACUCAAUACGGCCCAGAUUGGCUUAAUUACAUUACCCUUUGACUUUGACUUUGACUUAUACGUAUGCCUGCUGGAAGCCUGUAACUGUAGUAGUAAUCCCAAGGGCCACAUUCGCCAUUGUUGCCGGAGUCAACGGCUUGAGGUUCUGAGCAGCUGUGGAGUCAGUGUGGACAAUCAAGUGACAGAAUUGGAUGAUGUUUGAAACCAGAGAGUCAUUCAUUGGAGGGCGGCUUCUCCUUAUUAUAUAUGUUCGACGCUUCACCAGGAAGGGCAAUCUGGUGAGCAUGUUUAAGACAAACGUGGGUGAGUAGAGGUUCAGUUGAUGUGAAAACAAGA